GCGUCUCCCUCUUCAGUGCCACGCGUGCAGCGGAGGAGGCGAGAAACCCCCUCCACGCUCUCCUCUUCUUCCCCUUCGCCUCCGACCGAGCGCACAGGAUGCUUCCCUUCGCUCUCCUCGCCAUCUGCUGCGUCACCAGCUGGACGGAAGCCGUGCUACCAUCUGUCGGGCAGACGGAGAACGACCUGCGCGCCACCGUCGUGUUCAACCAGCUGGCUCUCGCGGAGGUGCUGGAGAGCCUGCGGAACAUGAGCCACGGAGAGCUGGCCACGACGAGCCACCUGGACCAGCUGGCGCGGAGGCAGGACGCCCAGCUGCGGGACCUGGUGCGAGGGCUUGCAGACAUCAACUCGAACGUGGAUAUCCUCUCCCAGAGCUUGACGUCACACCUUCAACAAGACAUAUUUCUCGAGCGAGAUUCCGCCGCCGCCGCACAGCUCAUGGAGACGCUGAAGGCACAAGCAAAAGCCCUGCGAGACCUCGACCGGGAAAACAACCAGACGACGGCCGCGAUCCGGCAGCUGGGAAUCGAGGUCGCGGGCGUGCAGGAGCAGACCGGCCUGUACGAGAGAGAGAUCCUGCAGCUGCAGGAGAGGAUUCGCGCAGCCCGACGGACGGUCGAGCAGCUGGGCCUCGAGAACCGGGAGCUGUGGACGAAGGCCAACAGCACAGAGGGCCAGACGGACGCCUUGAGGUCUCGCAUCGAGGCGCUCAAGGACCAGGAGGACGAAGGGAACGAGGCCCUCGCCCGAAGUGAGGAGAAGACGUCGCUGGAGCAAGAGGUCGCCGCCCUUGAGAACACCAAGAGUCGCCUUCAGCAGGAAGUCACUCGGCUGCAGGAGGAGAACGCCCAGGAGACACCGAGACUCCGAGCCGCCCAAGCACAGAGGGACGAACUCUCGACGCAGAACGCCAAGCUGAAGGCAAGCAUAGCACAAGCCACGGCGGAGAGACAGAAGUACCAAGCGUCCCAAGUGCAGGUGCAGCAGAGUCUCGCUCGUCUGGAGGCAGAGACGAGUUCGCUGAAGGCGAAGCAGCGGCAAGCGGACCAAGAGAAUGCGAACGAGCAGAAGAAAAUCCCAGGCUUGGAGCAGGAAAAGAAGCGGCUGCAGCGGGAACACGAAAUUUCUAACACCAAUAUGCUCACCGGAGCGUGUUUUUGAGAGAGCGAUGGAGAGGAAUACGAGAAAGAAAUGCGAGAAGGAGGGAAAAGGCAGAAGGAAAUAGAAAGAAUGAAAAAAACAAACAUUUGAGUGAUUAUUUUAGAUAAUUUAUUGUGAAAUGAAUAGAUAUUCACACUACAUCUAUUUAGGUACUAUGUAUUAGUCAAAAAACUAAAAAAGGAAAGAAAAAAUACAAAGUAACAUAACUUCUAAUAUUGUUCUUGGGUGAAGAGAAAGCAACCUCAAAUUCCUUAAUAUCUAUUCUGACACACACUCACACAUACACACACUUACACGCAUGCGUAUGCAUGGACACACACACACAUAUAAUAUCGAUAUCUUGAUUAAGAACUUCCAAAUCAACAAGUUUACUGUUUUAAGGAUCUUCUCAGUGAUGUUAGUAGCGUUACUCCCAACCCAGGCUGAGUGACAACCCGCCUCACGCCCCUGGUCUUGCUUUCUCCUUCCAACAGAACUGCGGGAGUGCGCAAACCUUACCGAGGUUUUGCAGAGGAGGCUCGCCAGCCAGGAGGACGAGAUCCGAGAGCGUCGAGACGCCAACGCAGCGCUAAAGGGCAAGCUCCGCGACAUGCAGCAGGGGCUUAUUACUGCAGGAGCCAGGAAGCUUGAGUUACAGCAAAGGCGCUUCGGACUCCAGGCUGAGGACGCGCAGCUCAAGUAUGAGGAGGCGGAAGUCAAGAUCGAGAAUCUUGAGGCCAAGACGGCCCUUCGGCGCCUCCAGCAGGAAAAGACUCAGCUCGAAACGGAGCUGAGCGUCCUGGAACAGCGUCACUCUGGGAGGCCCACCGCCCAGGACCUCGAGACAAUGCUCAGCAAGCUCCGCCAGAGGAUCACGGAGGUCACCAACGCCACGGUCUCGCUGGCGCACACCAAAGGCACUCUCACGGAGCAGAAGACAGCGCUCUCGAGAGACAUAGACGAGGCCGAGGCUCAGAACGAACAACUGAAACAAGAGAACGAGAGACUGGAGCAGGAGAACGCCGAGAUCCAGCCCAGUGUUCAGGAUCUGAAGACCGUAGCAGCGGAAAUGGGACAGAGGAUCGCCUCACUCGCCAGCCAGAAGAGUGAUCUGCAACAACGUUAUAACCUGGCAGUCAGCUCGAAGAACGAAGCGCUCAAGAAAAUCGGAAGACUAAAUGCCCAAAUUAAGGACUUAACAGACCGUAUCAGCCUUAUAGCUUGCUGAGGCUCAAUACUAUCUGUGUCCCACAGCUGUGUACAAUAAACAAGCAGUUAUACUAUACAGUAGAUUAU